AUGACUCCGCCCCCUGCGGUGCCCUAUGCGGGCCACAGCGAAGACGACGGCGACACAGUUUCGGAGGUGACCGAGGCCGAGUUGAGAGCGGCGGUGCGCCGGAUGGGCGCCAAGAACACCGCCCCGGGACCCGACGGACUGCACGGCAAGGCGUGGGUCCUGGCCUCGGAGGCUCUCGAGCCUCGAUUAAUUGGUCUCUACAGCGCAUGCUUGGAGAGGGGCCAGUUCCCGCAAUUGUGGAAGGAGGAAGAGCUCCGUGUGUCAGGAGAUCCGAAGUUUGCUCAUCUAUCUGAUGAACUCCACGUUGAGAUCAGCGCCUUCGCUACACCAGCUGAAGCACACGCCAGGAUCGCGUACGCACUAGCUGAACUCAGGAGAUUCCUAGUACCGGACUACAACGAUGACAUCAGACAGGAGCAGAUGCUGGAGAUGCAGAUUCUGUCCUCACAGACCGAGCAGCGCCGUCUCACUCCUCCCGAGUCCUCCCGGAGCGGCAGCGAAGAAGCACUCCCACUUAGGGAUACGACGCAUAAACAGAGACUCUCCGGAGUGCCUCCAUCUCCGGCGCCGGCGUCUCUGCCUGGUGGCAUCGCCAUCAACCAUGGCACCAACACUCGGGACUUCUCGCCACCAGCACCGACACCAGCACCUGAUCAUUUGUCUGCUGCACAUCAUCAGCUGGCAGCUGGUCACACGGGACACGGCGUGCUGGUGGGAGGGGGAGUGCUGCAACAACCCCCCACUCAUCACCUGCUCACACAAAACUCUAUACUUGGUGGUGGCGAUAUCCUCGGGCUGAGCAGCCCAGUGCUGGGCGGCGUGCUGCACGCCCACCCGGCGCUGCGCGGUGUCAAGCCUGCCGCUGUGCACGCGCUGGCGACUCAAGGUGCAGCUGGGCCGGGGGCUGCGAGUACGGCGCGCAAGCGACCACUGCUGGGAGGCACUCGGGCCGCUAUGUCACCGACUAAACGCGCCGUGAUGACCCUACUGGCGCGCGCUAGGGCUGCGACACACAAACACGCGCCCACGUGGCCGGCGCCCCACGAGCACACAGGCCUUCUACCACUUAUAAGGGACGAGUUCGUGACUGGCGUAGGCGUCAAUAUCAAUCUAGCAUAAUUAUAUAAUAUCUAGACAAAUGAUAAACCUAGAUUAUUCUAGUCACAAUUAAUAAAUCGAAUUAAUUUUAGUGAAUUAGUUUUUAAUUGUAAC